GUUUAAAGUUAUUUGUCAAGUAAUCAAGUCAUUUUUAAUUAAAUUGUCUGAAUUAUUGUACUUAAGACUUAAAUAUUCUACAGAUUUUCUAUAAGAAUGCUUAAAAGACUUUCGCUUGUUAUCUUAGUUUAUAUCCACCUUGUCCUUUCACUGGAUAUUGAGUGUGAAUAUGGAAUCUUUGACAGCAAUCAUGCUUAUGGAGACAAGUAUCGCUGCUUAGUGAAAAAUGCUAUCGACAUAGACUUACCCGACGAGGUUCAAAUUGAAUCAAUUACAGGUGAUCAUAUGAGUGGGAAGAGUGACGACAGUGACAUUCACUUCCAUAUUAGCAAGCAAAUUCAAUAUUUCCCACGUGGUUUGGAAAAGUUCUAUAAAAAUCUCAAAGGAAUUAUCAUUUGGCACAGUCAGCUUAAAGAGAUUCAUCAGGAUGACCUAAAACCUUAUCCUGAUCUUAAUAAUUUGUAUUUGUCUGGAAAUGGCAUUGAAAUUAUUGAAGAUGGACUUUUUGACUACAAUCCAGACAUUAAAGUGAUAAUAUUUGAAAAUACUAAGCUUUUUCACAUCAGUCCGACUGCUUUUAAUAAUUUGGCGAACCUGAAAACUUUAUUUUUUAAUGGCAACAUUUGCACUAAUUUGUACUCAGUUCAAAAUCGAGCAGUGACUCUUAAAGUUAUCAAAGGUGUGAAAAAUUCAUGCACAAGCUCAGAUUUUUUGAGUUUGAAGAAAAAGCUUGAAAAUCUCGAAGAAGUCUCAGGAAAUUCAAUUAUCGCAAGUUCUCAAAUCUACAGCCAAAAUGUCAUAAACUUCCAAACUGAAUUUAAAGACUCAAAAUUCGCUACUUUCUCGCCGCUGAAGCAAAGGUUCCAAAAAUUGAUUAAGUCAUCUAAUGAAAAUUCAUGCCACCUCGAAGAACCUUACCAAAAUAUUUUAAAAGUUGUUGAUUCUAAAAUUGAAGACCUCGAAAGUCGAAUGACACGAAAAAUUGAGGAAAUUUUGGAUGAAAAAUUGGAAAAAGUUAUGAUAAAUGUUAAAAAGAUUAUAACUUUGAUUUGAACUUUUUUGUAUUUUUUAUGAUUUUUACAAUUGAAAAUAGUCGAAUGCCUUUAUAAGCACAGCACAGAUUUGUAUUUUCCAGUUGAAGACAUUCAUAAAUCAAGAAUUUGAAGAAAAAAAUCAACUGAAUAAAAAAAUAAAAGUUUGAUUAAAAUUUAAAUUA